AUGUCCUCCCUCUCUGAGGCGCGGAAGUCUCCAGGUCCUCCUCCGGCUAGCCCAACCCUACCUUCUGUACCACGUAUCCCCCAGCCGGUGCAGCACUUGCAUCUCGGCAUCUCAGCGCACGGAGCUGACAACCUCCGUCUCGCAGCAGAGCAUUUCGAGCUCGCGGCCAAGCUGGGCGGAGGGUGUGCGCUGGGGAUGAUCAUGUGGGGCCUGACGCUCCGGCACGGUUGGGGGCUGAGAAAAGACGUUGGGCGAGGCUAUGUUUGGAUGAGGAAGGGGGUGGAGAGGGCGCUGAAGGAGUGGGAGGUGGAGGAGCCACAGGGGAAGAAAAUUCGGGGACUGCAGCCCGGAAGGGGGCAGGAGAUGAUCAAGGAGCUUGGUGGUGUGAGGCGGGAACUGGUGCUCGCUUUGGGCGAGGUGGCCAGGGGAUCGAUGCAUGGUUGGGGAGUGAAGGAGGAUAAGAAGAUGGGUUUUAAUUAUUUUAUCGUCGGGGCCCAGCUUGGGGAUGCGGAAUGUGCGCAAGAAGUUGCCUUCUGUUACGAGAAAGGAAGGGGAGUGAGGAAGGACAAGAUGGAGGCUGCGCGCUGGUACCGCCAGGCUAUCAAGGCUGGGAUGAGCGACGUAGGCCUGGCAUGGAUCUGGAAACCUAAGUAUGAUUGA